AUGAUGGAAGUUAAACAAUCCCAGACUGCUAAAUUUCUAAAGGACAAAAUAGUCGAAAUCCUGCAUUCAUAUGGAAUCGAAGUAAACCAAGUUUUCUCGGCGACAACUGACAACGGUGCCAAUAUGGUUGCGGCGAUAAAAGAAAUGCAAAAACUAGCCGCUACCUCUGUUGCUCCACUGGAAUCUCUCAUGGACGAAGAGGGCGCGGAAGAACUGGAGUGUGGUAUGAUCGAUGGAAUCACCAGUGAAUUCGGAAGUGCACUUAAUCUCAUUAGAUGUAGUGUACAUACUCUACAAUUGGCCAUUACGGAUGUGAUCACGAAGAAUGACCCAAAAAUAAGAAAAAUCACAGACAUCGUUAAAGACACCAGGAAAACAAAGUACUCAAUCUUUUUCGACCACAACAAAGCUUCCAAAGCCCCCCUAUGGAGCUUUACUCGAUGGGGUGGACGAUACAAAAUGAUAAAAUCGAUCCUCAAACAAGAGUCGUUCUACAUCCUACUUGGACAAGAGUAUCCGGAAGUUGCAUUUCCGGAUGAUGACUGGACCUACAUGAAGAACUACUUGUCUGCGUUCAAGCCCGUUUACAAACUGACGAAAAACUUACAAAACAAACACGUUCCAUUGAGUGAGUUCUACAUUCAGUGGCUUCAAGCAACGUUGAUGGUAGAAAGUGAAACGGAUAACCCUCUCAGCAUCGCGUUGGCUCAAGCGCUUCAAAAUAGGCUGAAGAAAUUGCUUGAAAAUAUGGCAUUCAAGGCUGCUGUAUAUCUUGAUCCAAGAUUCAAUUUUCCAGGAUCUACUGUUUUUGGUGCUGCUGCAGAAAAAGAAGCGAUACAGAAUUUUAUUAUCAAUACUGGGAACAGAAUCCAAUCCCUGUCACCAUGCACAUCAGCAACUACAGCUGCUGUAAAAUCCAAAGCCGACACGGUCGAUGUGAUGGAUGACUACAUUACCAAACUAUUUGGAGGGCCUCAGUGUAGUGUAUCAGAAUCAGAACCACACGUUACAUCGUUUCGAAAGCAACUUCGGCAAUUAGAAGUGGAGCCAAGACAACCUCACAUUUAUGAUGUUUGGAAGCACUGGAUGGCGCGAAAACAUACUCAUCCGGAACUUUAUGCAGUAGCAACUGUUGUCCAUUCCGUCCCAUCGACGCAGGUGUCCGUGGAACGUUCGUUUAGUGCACUGGCACUAGUACUGUCUAACAUCAGGGCGGGUUUAUCCGACGAUACACUUGAGGAUAUCCUUAUUAUAAAACUCAACAUGGAUAUUUUGCAGAAGGUGCUACCAACACUCCAUGAUUGGAAAACGUUUAUUGCAGAGUCAUCAUCUUUUUCAUAA